AUGAAGGGCGGGGAGCUGGGUCCGUCAUCGGUCUGUCCAAGAACACCGAGGCCUCAGACGAAAGAGCACCGGCCCAAGAAGCGACCCAGGGGGAGACCUCGUCGCGUUCCACAAACUCCCAAACCGCCACAGCAAUCGAUGACGAUAAAGCGUCCCAAACGCCGCAAAAUCGACCGGUCACCAAAUGCUCCAACGAAACAAGCCCUGCGAACUCAUAAGCGGAAGUCUCCUAGCAAAGACAAUGUUUCCGAAGAGGUACCCGUUGAGUAUGUCUCUUCAUCUGUCAGUAACUUGCAUGUAUCACCUGUGCGACUCCCAAAGAGAGCCCGCUUCAUGAGUCCGACGAUUGAUCCUCCACUACUAUCAGAUGUCGACCAGACUGGCCGCCUUGCUGAAGAUCACUUGAAGUCUUUGUUUCUUCCCGCGGCAGCGGAUCUAAUGAUGGCCGAUCCGGGCGAUACAGAGUCUGCGUGGUACUCGAAUGACAUUAUUCGUGAAGCCGGUUUGCAACUGGAGAAUGACUGGUCUGCAGAUUGUAUCUCAACUUCACAUACCCGAGAUGACCGUCUAUUUUCGCAGUUUCUCCGUGCACGCUCGCCCUCACUCUUGCCGAGUUGCGUGUCUAAAGCGUACAGCGUUGAUACAACGGCCACUGAAGAAAUCCCCAACUUGAGGCCGACACCAGAAGAUGUCGAUGACGAGCCAGAUAUCGACAUGCUAUUCGAUCAGUAUCUCCACUCGUCCCCACCUUCGCCCUCCACAUCAGCGAAAGACACACUCAACGAAUUCAACGGAGUGACAUUGAUGGAUGAUGAACGAGAUCAGCAUCGUAGUAGUGGGGAGUCAUGUCCGCAAACAUUCAAACCCUCAGCUCCAGAAGAGCAAGCGGGAGACCGAGCAGAAGAUCCUCACUGUCUCUCGCCUCGCCCUCGUAACCGCCAACCUAAGAUCAUGCUCCGCCUUAAGCUCCAAGAUACAGGCCAAAGGAGGGAAAGGAAGUAG